AUGUCAGCUACCGCAGUAGAUGAACAAAAGUCACAAGCAUUACAGCAAGAAUACAAUAGGUAUCAAGAAUUAAUUACCGAAUUGGAAACACAAUUGUCCACCAUAAAUUCACAACUACAAGAACAUUUGAUUGUCGAUAACACAUUAACUUCCAUAGAUCCAGAAAAGAGAGCUGGUCGUAAAUGUUUCAAAAUGAUUGGUGGCGUCUUGGUGGAAAAGUCAGUUGACGAAGUGAUAAAGAUUUUAAGUGAGGAAAUCAACACAUUAAAGGAUCAAAAGACCAAGACUGAACUGGAGUUAACUACCAGCAGAAAGAAAUUAGAGACUUGGAUGACUACAAACAAGGUCAAGAUCGUCAAGGGUAAUCAAUAG